AUUGAGACUAUGAAGUGUUACCUGCAAAAUAUUACUACAUGUUAGAAUACAGUCAGUCGCACUCACUCACUGCACUUUUUCUGGAAACCUCGUUUAUUUAUAAGCUUAGUGUAGUAUACUAGUAUAGUAGCAUAUAUGAGAAACAGAAACAAUACAUUAACUGAAACAUGGAAGAGACUAAGGAGAGGUUACCACCUAACAGAGAGGAAAAAACAAUGAGUUUCUAUGUUUGCUAUCCAUGCUAUUGUCUUAAAGAAGCACUCAUGACUUUCUUGAAGUGUUUAGGUUUUGAGUCCACACAAAACAAAGAAGAGGAAAACUCAUCAACAUCACUACUCAAACAUCAUGCAUGUACUUCUGAUUCUAUUGUAGCCUCAGAAGAUCAAUAUAAGUCUUCAAGUAGCAGUCAGCAGAAACACUCAAAAGAAGAUGUUGCAGAUUCAUCAACCCCAUCAACUCAAACCCUUAAUUUAAGUUCAAUGGGAAGAGGUGGUCCUCGAAAAACUCCACUUACCAAAGAUCCACCACCUCAACAUCAUUAAUAUAUAUCAUCUUCUCAGAUGUAAUUAGGUCUCGAAGGUGUUCUCCAUGGCCAGGAACUCAGAAUAAAUGCGUAUAUGCAGAUUUUUCCUAUGAAAUAAUAGUUCUAAAGUAGUCUUCUAGCUAAACAUAGAUUUGUUUUCUUCAACCUUUUCUAAUUAGUUUUUUUUUUCAUUGCCAUUUAUUUUCUAGAAUCCUAUAGAUAUGGGAAUUAACUGGUCAAAGUAUAUAUAGGAAUCCUGGCUGCUGUAAAUCCAUGUAUAAAUAUAGCAAGCUUAUGCUUCUUCUAAUUUU